GUAUCCACUUUGGAUCAUUUUUGAAGCUGAAUUCAGAACAAUCUUAAGGUGUUUAACAUUAACUGCUAUAAAGCUAAAGCUUUUUUUGGAAAUUUGAACCUAACCUGUACUGCACACAAGAUGAAAAUGUGGUUGCCGGUCAGUCACCUUGUGAUAAUAUCUUUUACAACCUGUCUGUCAGAGUUCACCUGGCACAGAAGGUAUGGCCAUGGAGUUUCAGAGGAAGAUAAAGGAUUUGGACCGAUCUUUGAAGAGCAGCCGAUUAAUACCAUUUACCCAGAGGAAUCGCCUGAAGGGAAAGUGUCGCUGAACUGCAGGGCCCGAGGCAGCCCUCUCCCAGCUCACAAGUGGAGAAUGAAUAAUGGUGAUAUUGAUCUGACCAGUGAUCGGUACAGUAUGGUAGGAGGAAACCUUGUUAUCAACAACCCUGACAAGCAGAAAGACGCUGGAGUCUACUACUGUUUAGCAUCCAAUAACUACGGGAUGGUCAGAAGCACCGAAGCCACCCUGAGUUUUGGAUAUCUCGAUCCUUUCCCACCUGAGGAGCGCCCUGAGGUCAGAGUGAAGGAGGGGAAAGGAAUGGUGCUUCUCUGUGACCCUCCGUACCAUUUUCCAGAUGACCUUAGCUACCGCUGGCUUCUAAAUGAAUUUCCUGUGUUUAUCACAAUGGAUAAACGAAGAUUUGUGUCUCAGACGAACGGCAAUCUCUACAUUGCAAAUGUGGAGGCGUCUGAUAGAGGCAAUUAUUCCUGCUUUGUAUCCAGUCCUUCUAUUACAAAGAGUGUGUUCAGCAAAUUUAUCCCACUCAUUCCGCUACCUGAGCGAACAACGAAACCAUACCCUGCUGAUAUUGUGGUUCAGUUCAAGGAUAUAUAUGCACUGAUGGGCCAAAAUGUGACGUUGGAGUGUUUUGCGCUGGGCAAUCCUGUUCCCGACAUCCGGUGGCGGAAGGUUCUAGAGCCAAUGCCGAGCACUGCUGAGAUCAGCAGCUCCGGGGCUGUCCUCAAGAUCUUCAACAUUCAGCUGGAAGAUGAAGGUACCUAUGAAUGUGAGGCUGAGAACAUUAGAGGAAAGGAUAAACACCAGGCAAGAAUUUAUGUUCAAGCAUUUCCUGAGUGGGUGGAACAUAUCAAUGACACAGAGGUGGACAUAGGCAGUGACCUCUACUGGCCUUGUGUGGCCACAGGGAAGCCCAUCCCUACAAUCCGAUGGCUGAAAAAUGGAUACGCGUAUCACAAGGGGGAGCUGAGACUGUAUGAAGUGACUUUUGAAAAUGCCGGCAUGUAUCAGUGCAUAGCCGAGAACACACACGGCGCCAUCUACGCCAACGCGGAGCUGAAGAUCUUGGCAUUGGCUCCAACUUUUGAAAUGAAUCCUAUGAAGAAAAAGACCCUGGCCGCUAAAGGAGGGAGGGUUCUAAUCGAAUGCAAACCUAAAGCGGCCCCUAAGCCAAAAUUUUCGUGGAGUAAAGGGACCGAGUGGCUUGUCAACAGCAGCAGAAUCCUCGUUUGGGAAGAUGGCAGCCUGGAGAUCAGUAACAUUACAAGGAGUGACGGAGGCGUCUACACGUGCUUCGCUGACAAUAAUAAAGGGAGGGCGAAUAGCACUGGGACUCUGGUCAUCACAGAUCCCACGCGGAUUAUCCUGGCCCCAAUCAAUGCCGACAUCACCGUGGGAGAAAAUGCCACCAUGCAGUGCGCUGCCUCGUUUGAUCCCACCCUGGACCUCACGUUCAUCUGGUCCUUCAAUGGCUAUGUGAUCGAUUUUAACAAAGAGAACACUCACUACCAGCGGAAUUUCAUGCUGGAUUCCAAUGGGGAACUGCUCAUCCGAAAUGCCCAGCUGAAACAUGCUGGGAGGUACACGUGCACUGCUCAGACAAUUGUGGAUAAUUCCUCAGCCUCAGCUGACCUUGUUGUGCGAGGUAAAAACAGAAAAGAUGGAGAGAAAAACAUGAUGGAUCCUUUUCUCCCCGUCUGUGCCAGCCUGCCUCCGGCCUGGUGAUCGCUGACACUCACCAUUUGUGUGAAAGCUUUUUUUUUUUUAACAUAUUAUACUAGAUUUUACUAAUUUACUCAAUCUCGUAGCUUCUGCAGUUUUUCCCCUCCAUUUAGUUCCUAGAGAAUUUUUUUCCUUUUGAAACAUCUAAGCAUACUUUGAACAGGAAAAUAUUUAAAUCUAUGAUUAGACAGCUUCACUAAUAUCUGAGAAUUGGCCCAUGGACUAACCUUGUAUGUCACAUAAUGACCAAGUGAAGUUUUGUUUUCAUGCCCUGUUUUUCUUUGGAGUUAUAUAUCUUAGAAAUUAGCUCAUUAUCAGAAAAAAGAAUGAAGAACUGGUGAAUUAUAAUUCAGGAGUUUUGCCAGUGAAUGAAUUGUUUGAUUUGCCCAGGCAGGUUAAGAACCACGUGGUCAGAUUCACUAAUGAGCCCCUGGAUUGGGGCGUCAGCUAAGGGACGUUGCUCCAGCGGCCUUUCGUACCCUGGUGCACUACGUUCUUUGGCAAGAGAACAUGAAAGCAGCGAUAGGUAACUGAAGACUGCCCUCGGCUCUGUGGGGUUUUGGAACAGUUUCUGGGGUUAGGAAGCGAAAAUGGAUUGCCCGUGGAGACGAUUGGCAGGCAUCUCAGUAGCAGGAUUUAAGUGCAGAUGACUAAGCCAUUCACAGAAUGCAUGCGUAUUUAAUUUUAUUAACUCCUUUCAUCGGCCUUUUUAGAUCUUUUGGGAGGAAGGUUGAGACUUUUAUUGGAAGGACUUGGGCAAAAGUGAAGGAUUAGAAUUGAAGUAUGUGUAAUUCUUCCUAGAAUUGCUUAGAUAUUUUUUUAAGGCAAGUUCCUUUUCAGAGUGAGCACUUCUUUUUCUGGAGUUGCCACAGUGUCUUGUUGUUUGUGUUUGACAAGCUAUUUUUGAUUUAAUGCUUUUUCAUGUGCCUUUUUUUAAAAUUGUUCUAUUUUUAUGGAAGUACGAUUGAUAAGCAAGGUUGUGUUGGUUUCAAAUACACAGCACAGUGGUCCAACGGCCACCAUAUCAUACCCCCUCCAGCGCAGGCACUGUCAACAUAGAAGGGUGUCACAGAAUCAGUGACUGUAUUCUCCCCGCUGGACUGCCAUCCCCAUGACCAGCUUAUAUUAUGAUUGAGAAUUUUUGUGCACAUUUACCCCCUUGCCCUCCCUCCCUCCCUACCCAGCCCCUCUCCCAUGGCAACCACCAGUGAAUUGCUUAAAUUUCAUUGUUCAAAAAUACUUUUCUUUAUUCCAUUUGGUCAAAGAGACAUGCUUAAAAUUCUUGUUUCUAAACAAGAAAUAGUUUUGCUCUUCUCACACAGGUUUAUGUUUAGGGAUGGGCUAUUGUAUGGACUUCUCCUUAGUGACUCCAACUCUGUCUGUGUUUGGAAGAACUCUCAGGAAAGCUUUGAGGGGUGUGGAAUGACUCAGAUACACCUGCAGUUUUCUUUUCAAAGUAAUUUACUAAUCAUCUUAAAGGAGUAAAUUUCUCUGGCUCAGUUUAUUACCAUCUUUUUUAUUUUUAUUUUUUAUUUUCUAGUCUCAAUUACUGUCACAGAAAGAACUCUCUUAGAAUACAGAUGACAGAUCCAGGUGAAUUUCUAUUUAAAAUUAGAUACUUAAAAUUAGCUCGAGAUCCUCCUGUAUCUAUAAACAUCACCAUGGAGAUAUGUGGAUGGAUCAUCAUGUGGACAUCUUCUCACACGGUCCGUAAUUGGGAGCGCACCACCAAGACCAGAUGGGAAUAUAUGUUUUGAAAAGAAAGAAUAAAAAUUAAAAAGAAACCACAUGACAAGUGUGACUGGUACCAGAAAAGGAGGACUCUUCUUGUUUAUAUAAACUGUUUAUAUAAUCCUGCAGAGGAGUUAGACAGUCAUUUACUUCGCUUUAGCCUCAUUCCCAUUUCUAAGGGUGAUGUUUUGAUAAAAAGUUCACUUUUAUCAAUGUUGAAGGUUAAAAACUACCAUACUCCUAUUAAAUGGUAAAGAUAUUUAAAACUCUUUUUCAUCUUGAUACAGCUUUAAGCAUUGACAAGACCCCAUACAUUGAUUUAUGUUUCAUCCCGUUAAAGUAGGGCCAUUGCAUUAACUAAUGUUCAGAGUACAAUCAAACCUGUAGUAAUAGAAGGACUUUACUUGACAUAUUUCGGUAAAGAAGCAGCCACUUGCCUUAAUAUAACUGAUAUUUUUUCAGCAAUGUUAUUUUAAGAUCAGUUUAUUUUAAAAGAGAUGAUGUCUUGUUUGGAAAAGUUGUUUGUUUCCUUAACAUUCAAACUUUUUAAUUAAAAUUUGCUAUUUUGGUAAAAAUAAACAGUGAACCACAGACUGUCAGUACGUGGUACUUUGCUUUAACCACCUCUGGGGAGUUGCAGGUGGAACCAGAAUGACACCGGAAGUCUUGCCCGCCUACGUGAGUUCUGAAACAGCACGGUUUACAUUAAGUGGGGUGAGGAGUGGAGUCCCGAGGUGAUCAGUAAGUUUCUGGGUCCAGUUGUUGAAACGCUAGUCGGUGUUUAAGAAGAAGAAAGUACAUUAGGGUUACUGCCUAAGAAUUGUUCCCAAAUCAAGUGAUGCUAGAGUGUAGCCACAGCUUCUGUGCAUCCUCUUUAAUUCUACAGGGUCCCAGUUUCCCAUCUUCUGUCCCAUUUGACUUAGGAAAUGGGCCUCCAUUACUGACUGAGAAAACAUGGCCAGCUUACAAUGUGUGAAUACUCACUUCGAAAGUAUUUUUUCCAGCUAUUUUUCCUUGAAUGUCUAAACUCUUCUUGGUUGACAGUGACUACAUUCCUAAAGAAGAUGACAGAACUGAUAAAUAAUUGUACUUUUUCUGCUCAUUUUCCCUCGAUUACUUAACAUAUCAUUUAAAAGAGCAUCUGUAUUUUAUUCAUAUGUAAAAUUUUUUUCCCCAAAGAUGCUAGUAAAAUUCAGGAAAGAUUGACAAGUGCCUUUAUGUGAUUAAGAAAGUCAGUCUUAUUUGUAAGUGGCUGAUAUGGGUAUUUUUAUCUGAGUUAACAGAUCAGACAAAGACUUAAAAGCUAUUGUUAAUAUAUUACAGUUUUUGUCAUUUUUUUUCCAAAAUACGCACUUGUGCCCAAGUAAGUCACAUUCACCCCAACAAGAAAGAUCACUAAAGGGAAACAGUCAAUGCCGGUUUCUUAAAGACGUAAGCACAGGUCUGCUAUGUUGGACUUUGUAAAUACCCUUGAUGCCUUGUUAGCACCAGGAACGCAAGAAAUACACAAGUUAGAAGUGAAUUGUCAACAGAAGCAUAUUAUAUUUGUUUGCUUAUCGUGGAAGUUACAUUAGUUACUGAUUGAUGACAUUGGUACACAGUACUGGUUUAUUCAAUAAAUAUUAAUCAAUGAAAAUAGAUCCCAUUGGGGAAAAAUAUUUAUUUCAUCUUUACUUUUUUUCCAUUUCUCUUCCUGUGUUUAUUUCCUAAUGAGUGUAGCAAGUGAGAAUAGUAGCUCUGGGCAUGAUCUAUUUUAUGGAGAGAGUUCCCGGAGCAUGGUCAGCCAGCGACCCCCGAGAGGGCUGUUUAAAGCCAAAGGGAAAGAACAAGGUUAGGAGGGAGGGCGAUGCGAGCGGGAAAGAAAGAGCAGGCCUAGGGGCCGCCGCCGCCUGAAGACGCACGGGGGGUUGGCUCAAGAGGCUCAGCGGCUGGAUACUAUGACUUUGAAUAGGAAAAAAAAAGGUGGAAAGAUGAACACUGAAGUCUGUACUGUUAAUUCUGUAAAAGGAGAAGUUGGUCAGCCGCAUAGGCCGAACACAGUUCAUCAUGUCUAUUCUUAAUGACACCUGUCAGCAUUUGGCAGCAUCAGGAAACCGUAGUAGCACCACUGUCUUCCCAAUAGGAUUUAUGAGCUUAAUAAAGUGCACCCAGGAACUCCAGGACGUGGGGUGGCAGUGGUGAUGAGCAAGUGGAGCAGAUGAGACAGAAUAAACACGUUUACCCCCUUCCCCAGAUCUCUUUUUCUUUCUCCUCAUUUUCUUCCUUUUCCAUCUCCCUAAGUAUUCAGUGGUAGUGAGAAGAGUUGAUAGAAAGCCUUUCCAAGGACUUGUCAGAGAAAUAUUCCCAUAUCCCCCCAACCCAAAGACAGAUUUUUAAUGAUAAAAGAAAGAAAAUCGAAGACUAAAAUAAUUCGUCAUUUAAUUUAAUGUAUCUAGGCAUUUAAAAUGCAGGUCAAAUUCCAAAGACCUUUCUAUCUGACCAAUUUCUGUGUUUCACUAUAAUUACAUUUGCUAAAGAACAUCCUUAGGAAUCAUUAUCUAUCUGCCUGAGGCCCACCUAAGAAACUGGAAAGAGAUCAGCAAAGCAAUAAAAUAAGCUGCAUGUAACAGUCCAUUUGCUUGCAUUUUCCCUGCCUUCCCUUGCAGAUUCCCUGGAUUUCUCGAGGGUGUUUCCAAAGCAGUGGGAUCUUAAAAAGAAAGAAGGAGGGAGGGAGGCAGGGAAGGAGGAGGUGGGAGAGUUGGAAAACGAGAAAUGAAGGAACAUACUUCCUGGAGUAAGAAUUACGUAUUGCAUUGCUUAAGAAUUAGAAGGGUGGCCAGUUCCUAAAUGUUUUCCUUUGUGCCAAGAAACAGGUAUUUGCAUUAUUUUAUUUUUUACCACAGCACUUUUCUCCCCAUUUUGAACAGAAAAAUUGAACAAUACCAGCUGCACUGCUUUGAAAAUGUUCCUCCGGGAGACAGUACAGGGCUGGCCUGACCCACAGGCCGUCGGGUCUGUUGCCUGAGUGCCCCUCUUCUGUUUGCUGCGUCCUGACGCCCUGGUGCGUGCUGAGGGCUUGCGUUCCCAUGUUCCCCCACCUCUGCUGAAUGUACCAGAAAACACUUUAUUUUUAAGUGAAAACAAGUUGUAAAUUUAAAAUCUGGUAAGCGAGUUCUUACCAAAUGUUAAUGAAUACUAAUAAUCACUCCUGCCAGCUAGCUCAGAAGCCCAGAAAGCUCUUACAGCAAAAAUACUGUGAUUAGCUAGUUUACUGAGAGCUUUCUGUGCACCAGGACUACCACCACAUUCUUCAAAGAUGUUCUUUCAACCCUAAAAAAAAAAAUCCUAUGUGAUCCAUUUUUAUUACUCCUAUUUUACAGAUGAGAAAAUGGAUGCCUAGUAAAUUUAAGAAAUGUGCCCAAUGUAAAUCAGGGCAUAGAAUUUAAAGACAAGCCUAUUUUAACUCUAAAAUCUAUGCUCUUGAAUAAUAUGUUUUCUCUUGGGUAUUUUCUGGAAGAUCUUUGUAGUCAGUUACUAGAUGAAAAAGCCUGUUCCACACGUUGGUGUGGAACUACAUACAUCUUUUCCUCAGUGGGACCAAUGCUUCACAUCAGGUGAACCGUUACCAAGAAUUGCCUCACCAGUGUUUGAGGAUGUCAACCAGCCCUUCCCACUUGCCCUCUGCUUUGCCACCUCAUGAUUGUCUAGUAUUUCAAAGCAAGUAGGAGAAUGGAGACUGAUUUGUGGAUGACCGUUAUUUUUACAGAACAUAACACAUUUAUCAAUUGUAAUAAAAUCAUUUAUGUUUGACCAAGUAUUUACCAAGAACACACUCUCGGUCAGGCAUGUAUCAGAGGAAAAAACUAACAAAUGCAAAGUUUGGUUCAACAGUGCUUUUCUUCAACGACUGGAUGGCUGAGUAAAAUUAUGCAUAUAGAGUCCCCCCAGAUACCCUAGUAAUACAUGACUUUAAUCUGACCUUUUAAAUUAUUAUCCAUUUGCCACACCAAGAACUUCAGAGAUAAAAGCAGAGAAAUAAUUUACAUUUUAAUGUUUAAAGGCUAACUGGUGUCAAUUUUGUCUUAUAUUUUCCUUACCAUUUUCCUAAUGCCUUACUUUAUGCUCAGAAAAAGUAUCUGAAUGCAUGACUUUCUCUUCCUUUUAAAAAUUAUUUCCUUUAUUUUUCACUCUAUCUUUAAAAUUUUAGUACUCUGAAAUAUUGCAUUCAGUAAUUGACUUGAGAUGGUGCUUUAAAUGAACUAAUGAACUUCCUGGUUCUGAUCAAGCAUGUGCACUGUAUUUCAUUGUGGUUCUUACACAUGAAAAAUGUGAUAUGUUCUUUCUGAGUUGCCAAAAUGUGUUCUUUAUUAUUUGCCUAUUUUCCGUUAUUUGGGAUGAUAUGUUUUUGUUCCU